AUGCUUGAGCAAGUGGGGAAGGCUCGCGCAAAGUGCCAGAAGCUGGCUCUCAAGUACCAUGCUGGCCUCAUCAAUAACAAGGUGCGAGAUCAUGUCCAAAACCCGCAACAUAAUAUCUUCAACCAUCGAGACUGCGCCCGCCAGGAUGAUUUGAGGCUUGCCGAGCAGCGCAAUGCGGAGCGCACGCGAGUCGUUGGCCUCAACGCCCUGAUGCGGAAGGCGCCGGUGGGGGGUAGUGUUUGA